UGAAAGUUAAGGGGGCGGUUGAAAAGUUCAGGUCUACUGGAAACCAGAUUAAUCUGGAUCAAUAAGGACAAUAUCAUCUGUGUGGGACGGUAGAUUGGUCUGACGGAGCUCUGGGGUACAGAGGAAGGCCAGUACCAGGAUGGAGAAUCAAAGCUCAGACCCUCCUGAAGCCAGCCGUGUUUCCAUGCAGAGUGAUCAGUCGAAAGGCGGCAUAAUCAACGUCAACGUAUCAGGAAGUGGAAGAGGUCAGCUGGAAACAUCAGAGUUCUUCAAUGAUCAGUCCAAUCAGCAUCAAACAGACCUGGACUCCAUAUUUAUGCUGCUGGAGGAGAACAUUAUCAUCUUUGUGAAGAAGGAACUGAAGAGAUUUCAGAAGGCUCUGAGUCAGGAUAACCCAGGAUGUCUCAUUGAGGAUGAGGAGGUGUUGGUUGGUGAAGAGCAAAGGAGCAGCAGAGAGGCUUUUCUGAACAUCACAGAGAACUUCCUGAGGAGAAUGAAGCAGAACAAGCUGGCUGACCAUCUGUGGAACAGAAUUUCUGAUCCAGUUUGCCAACAUAAACAUAAGUCUAACUUGAAGAAGAAGUUCCAGUGUGUGUUUGAGGGGAUCGCUAAACAAGGAAAACAAACACUUCUGAAUCAGAUCUACACAGAGCUCUACAUCACCAAGGGAGGGACUGGAGAGGUCAACGAUGAACACGAGGUCAGACAGAUUGAAACAACAUCCAGGAAAGCACACAGACCAGAAACAACCAUCAGACAAGAAGACAUCUUUAAAGCGCCACCUGGAAGAGAUGAACCAAUCAGAACAGUGAUGACCAAGGGUGUGGCUGGCAUUGGGAAAACAGUCCUAACACAGAAGUUCAUUCUGGACUGGGCUGAAGGCAAAGCCAACCAGGACAUCCAGUUCACAUUUCCAUUCACUUUCAGAGAGCUGAAUGUGCUGAAAGAGAAAAAGUUCAGCUUGGUGGAGCUCGUUCAUCACUUCUUUACUGAAACCAAAGAAGCAGGACUCUGGAGGUUUGAUGGGUUCAAGGUCAUGUUCAUCUUUGACGGGCUGGAUGAGUGUCGACUUCCUCUGGACUUCCACAAAACCAAAAUCCUAACUGAUGUCACAAAGUCCACCUCAGUGGAUGUGCUGCUGACAAACCUCAUCAGGGGGAACCUUCUCCCAUCUGCUCACCUCUGGAUAACCACACGACCUGCAGCAGCCAAUCAGAUCCCUCCUGGGUGUGUUGACAUGGUGACAGAGGUCAGAGGGUUCACUGACCCUCAGAAGGAGGAGUACCUCAGGAAGAGAUUCAGAGAUGAGGAGCAGGCCAGCACAAUCAUCUCCCACAUCAAGACAUCCCAAAGCCUCCACAUCAUGUGCCACAUCCCGGUCUUCUGCUGGAUCACUGCUACAGUUCUGGAGGAUCUGCUGAAGACCAGAGAGGGAGGAGAGCUGCCCAAGACCCUGACUGAGAUGUUCAUCCACUUCCUUGUGGUUCAGACCAAACAGAAGAGCAUCAAGUAUGAUGAAGGAGCUGAGACUGAGCCACACUGGAGUCCAGAGAGCAGGAAGAUGAUCGAGUCUCUGGGAAAACUGGCUUUUGAGCAGCUGCAGAAAGGAAACCUGAUCUUCUAUGAAUCAGAUCUGAUGGAGGGUGGCAUUGAUAUCAGAGCAGCCUCGGUGUACUCAGGAGUGUUCACACAGGUCUUUAGAGAGGACAGAGGACUGUACCAGGAUAAGGUGUUCUGCUUCAUCCAUCUGACUGUUCAGGAGUUUCUGGCUGCUCUUCAUGUCCACCAGACCUUCAUCAACUCUGGAGUCAAUCUGAUGAAAGAAGAACAAACACCAUCCAGGAUCUCUAAAAUCUUUAGAACCAGGCCUAAACUUCGAUAUCUCCAUCAGAGUGCUGUGGACCAGGCCUUACUGAGCCCAAAUGGACACCUGGACUUGUUCCUCCGUUUCCUCCUGGGUCUGUCACUGACCACAAAUCAGAAUCUCCUACGAGGUCUGCUGACACAAACAGGAAGGGACUCAAAGACCAGACAGGAAACAGUCCAGUACAUCAAGACAAAGAUAGAUAAGGAUCUGUCUGCAGAGAAGAGCAUCAAUCUGUUCCACUGUCUGAAUGAACUGAAUGAUCGUUCUCUAGUGGAGCAGAUCCAACAGUUCCUGAGAUCAGGACGUCUCUCCACAGAUAGACUGUCUCCUGUUCAGUGGUCAGCUCUGGUCUUUAUCUUACUGUCAUCAGAAAAAGAUCUGGACGUGUUUGACCUAAAGAAAUACUCUGCUUCAGAGGAGGCUCUCCUGAGGCUGCUGCAAGUGGUCAAAGCCUCCAACAAAGCUCUGCUGAGUGGCUGUAACCUCUCAGAGAGAAGCUGUGGAGCUCUGUCCUCAGUCCUCAGCUCCUCCAGUCUCAGAGAGCUGGACCUGAGUAACAACGACGUGCAGGAUUCAGGAGUUGAGGAACUUUGUGGUGAACUUAUGGAUCCACUUUCUAAACUGGAAACUCUCAGGCUAAGUGGUUGUAACCUCUCAGAGAGAAGCUGUGGAGCUUUGUCCUCAGUCCUCAGCUCCCAGUCCUCCAGUCUCAGAGAUCUGGACCUGAGUAACAACCACCUGCAGGAUUCAGGAGUGGCACUGUUGUCUCCUGGACUGGAGAGUCCACACUGCAGACUGGACUCUCUCAGACUGAGUGGCUGUAAACUCUCAGAGAGAAGCUGUGGAGCUCUGUCCUCAGUCCUCAAAUCCUCCAGUCUCAGAGAGCUGGACCUGAGUAACAACAACCUGCAGGAUUCAGGAGUUGAGCAACUUUGUGGUGGACUCACGGAUCCACAGUCUACACUGCAAACUCUCAGGCUGAGUGUCUGUAACCUCUCAGAGAGAAGCUGUGGAGCUCUGUCUCACUCAGUCCUCAGCUCCCAGUCCUCCAGUCUCAGAGAUCUGGACCUGAGUAACAACAACCUGCAGGACUCAGGAGUUGCACUGUUGUCUUCUGGACUGGAGAGUCUACACUGCAGACUGGACUCUCUCAGUCUGUCUGGCUGUUUGGUCUCAGAGGAAGGCUGUUCUUCUCUGGCCUCAGCUCUGAGCUCAUCCUGUCUGACAAAGCUGGACCUGAGCUACAAUCAUCCAGGAGAACCAGGAGAGAAACUACUGUCUACUCUAAAGGAGGAUCCACAUUGCAGACUGGAGACACUGAGGCUGGACCAUGGUGGACAGCACAGACUGAAACCAGGUCUAAAGAAGUAUGCCUGUGAGCUGGAAGUGGACACAAACACAGUGGGCAGAAGACUCAAACUGUCUGACAACAACAGGAUGGUGACAUGGGUGGAGGAGGAUCAGCCAUAUCCUGAUCAUCCAGACAGAUUUAAGUGUGAUCAGCUGCUGUGUCGGACUGGACUGACUGGUCGCUGUUACUGGGAGGUCGAGUGGAGAGGAGAGGUUCAUGUAUCAGUAAGUUACAGAGGAAUCAGACGGAGAGUAGACAGUAAUGCGUGUGAGUUUGGAUGGAAUGAUCAGUCCUGGAGUCUGUUCUGCUCUGAUGAUAAAUUUUUCUCUGUCCUUCACAAUAAAAGACAAACAUUCAUCUCCUCCUCCUCUUCAUCCUCUGGUAGAGUAGCGGUGUAUCUGGAUCAUCCUGCUGGCUCUCUGUCCUUCUACAGAGUCUCCUCUGACAGACUGAUCCACCUCCAAACCUUCAACACCACAUUCACUGAACCGCUCUAUCCUGGGUUUGGGUUUUGGUUAGGUUCAAGUUCCUCAGUGUCUCUGUGUUCUCUGUAGCUCAAACGCUGCUGUCUGAAUCCAAAGCUUAGUCAGACUACACACUAGAUGAUUUAUCAUCUCUGAUUAAUCUGAUUGAUUUGAUUAAAAGCUUGUCAGUAAUUCUUCCUCACUACUUGAACUUGUAUUGGUGUAUAUAUCACUGUUCAACUGCUCAGCACUCAUUUUUAUAUUAUCAAGUCCAAAAUGGCUCAUUUUAGUCUUGUUUUAGCUCAGAUACUUCUUGUUUGGUCUAAUGAAGCCCACAGACACAAACAGCUGAUCAGAUACAAAGGUGGAAGAGCAUGUAGCAUGUAGCCUGUAGCCGAAGCUGUAAAAUAGUGCCAAACACAGCGGCUUUCUCCCAGAAAAAUAAAACGCUUCAAAAAUGUUUGAAUACAGCGUACAGUUGAGCCAACAUUGUUUUUUUGUCCCAUUUUGAACCCUGUAGGUAAAAAUGGGCCAAAGAGCGGGGUCAGAGAGGAGCCUUCAUUCAGCCUUCAGCUACAUUAGUUGUCUGUAUCUCUGCUUGUGCGUUGUUGAUUUACUUUGCUGUGUCCAUUUUUGUCCACUACACUGCCUUCACUUUCACAAAAGCCAGUGUGACUGCCGUUAAAAUCAAAGUCCAGUCACUGGGUCUCUAAAUUUGUAGACUCCUUAGUCUGAGCUUUUCUUUCUUCUCAGUCCACCAUCUUUAAAGUCACAUGUGAAACCACAUGUGGAGCCAGAUGUGUUUUGGCCACAUUGUCUUCUUUGUUCUGGUCGGCAGUUUUGAGAACCUCAGCUACCUUCUCUCCCUCUCUUUUCUCUCUGUCUUACACUCUCACACACAUAUUUAUCAUCUUUGCUUUGUAAAUACUUUUUUGUUGCAGUUUAUUUUUAUAUGUCAUUUGUUCAAGAGUCAUUUAUUACAAUUUAUGCUGCUUGGUUUAAUAAUAAAUUCUAUUAUAGAUUUUCAGAGAAGUUUGUGGUUAUUGUGCAUAAACAUUGUAAUAUUUUGCUGUUAUCUGUAUUUCAGUGAUUCAUUUAGUUGUUGUGUCUUUAGCUUAUCUGUAUAAAGAUCACUCUGUGGUUGUUAAAUCUGUUUGUAAAACUUCAGGGUGUAUUUUCAAACCAGAUCAAUGUAUCCCGGCUGUCUCACUUAAUCUUGUUCGAGUUGAACUCCUGUUAAACCUUUAUUUUAUUAUUAAUGUGACAAACUCAUAUGCUAAAGCUCUCAGUUUUAUGUGGUAUAAACUGUUAAAGGGUCAGAUAAGGUGACUUCAUGAAGAGUUCAGUGAAGUAACUUCAGUAUUUAACCAAAUACAAAUCUGGUUAAUCUACUAAGACUUCUUAGCAGCUAUAAAACAUGCAAAAGUUGGCAACCCUAACUAGGGCUGUCAAUAUUUAUCUACGGUCACAUUCGAAUUCCAUUUAUUAUUUUUUACAGCAUUUGAAUUAUAUUCAAAUAUUUAUGCACAUUUUAAAAAUAAAUAUGUUUGUAAAAUGUUCAGUUGCUUCAAUCACCAUUUAGUUACACAUUUGUCCACUAGAGCACCCACCAACAUUACAUCACAGAUUACAACAAAGUAAUAUGAGCCAAAACUAGUUAAUGGUAAUUUUUUAUUAACAUUUUACUGCAAACACAGCCAUCUGCAUUAAGAUGCUUUUAACAGGUUUAAUACUGUUGGUCAACUUUAAUAUGAACAAACGGGUUAGAAAUUAAAUGUCAAACAAAAACAAAUUAUAUUGUGCCGCUUACAUGGUAAUGACAUGGUAAUCAGUCCCUACAGUUUGUUAGCCAAAAACACAAGGCGAUCCACGUUUUCUGAAUCAAAAGCCGGAGGUGCCCGGGAUGCACAGGUUAAUGGCAUGCCAGCCAGGACAGGAGAGGAUACCUGGACCAGGACAUUUUCUACCACAACAGCGGGUUACUGUCGGUGGGCAGCACAGUUUACUCUCGUACAUCAGCAUCUCUUGUUGUAGUGAAGUCUCACUUGCCAAAUCACCACCAGUGUGUGCACCACCUUGGCGAUAAACAUCCCUAAAAAGGUCCCCCAUGGCACUGAUACCCCUUUUCCAUCAAAAGAACCAGGUGCUCGUUUGGUGCUAGUGCUUGUGCCAGUGCUUAGUUGGUUCUAAUCACGUUCUUCAUAAGAACCGGUUUGGUUUUCCAUCGGCAAGGAGCCAAGUUGGAGUCAUGUCAUUGCGUCCCCGUAAAACGUCAGUACGUCACUGCAUUUUACCCAAGGACGUUCGCGCCAUGCGGAAGUAAACAAAGCAACAAUGGAGGCGUGAUGAUCCUGGCUUUGCAAGCCUGCAUAAAGAUCCAGAGCCAAAAAACAACAACUGUUACAGACUAUCCAUCUUUGUUGGAGUCACAGCGAAUUGCGACCACGUUUGAGAAGACAGGUAAUUAUCAAAAGCUGGGUUUCCAUUACACUUGGAAAUGCAUAAAAUCGAAAUAGCGCAAUAGAAAACUGCUAAUGGAAACACCUGAAUUUCGAAAAAAAAACUAAAAUAUCGCUAAAAAGUUGGGUUUUUCAGGUGUUUCAAUAUAGAAAUAUAUCGCAAAAGUGCAAUGGAAGCACUUUUUCUGCAUUUACAAGUCACGGGACGUGACGUACGGUGUCACGUGACCAGUCACUCUGAGACAACAUGGCGCGGUGUUAGCCUUUGCUAGGCUACUUAGCUUCGACCACGCUUGCGUCAAGUACAUAGCAGUUAAACAAACGUUUACGUUUGACGAUUGACAAUGAUAUCUUUGUUUAUCAUUAUAGAUGGUCUUACGGCUGACUGCGAGGAAGUGCCUUCUAAAAGAAAUGACUGCAAGCUGGAGCUAAGCAAGAAAAUGUCGCUGACCUGCUGUGUACUCCAUAAUAUUUAACCAUCUAGAUCGGUGAUUUUCUUUGUGUGUGACUGAAGGCAUGCUGUUCUAUCCAAAUAAACUGUCAUGAGAUGAACAGAUGUUUGUAUUUAAACAGUCCUUUCCAUCAUGCUGUUCACCUUUAGUUGAUGCUGUAAUUGAUGCUCAAGGACGCAUGACAAGUUACUGUGACAUCCACG